GGGGUUUGGAUGAGAAAUAGAAUUAUUUUUCAUGGAGGAAAAUUUAGCCCCUGAAUUAGAAGAGAAAGAACAGGUACUGAAGGAAGGAGAGGAAGAGAAGGAACAAGCCCAAGAUGGGAAAAUCAGACAAGAUCAAUUUGAGCCUGAGCAGGAAGACUUAAUCCUAAAAUUUGGAGAACAUAAGCAAAGGCUUAUAUUUGGAGGGACAGUAGCUUUCUCUCAAAAAGAAAUGGACCAAAUCCUGGUUUUCCAGCAGUGGCUUAAGGAUAGCGACCUUGAUAUCCCAGAAAAUUAUGAUUACAGGGAGAUGUUUCGAUUUCUCCAAUCAUACAAAUUUGAUAACCAAAAUACUUACAAUGGCAUCAUGGCUCAUCACGAAUUCUUCAAGGUAAACCUCCCUGUUGAUGAAGAACUGCUCAAGAAGUACUACGAUGUAGGCUUAAUGUACUUCUAUAAGAGAGAUAAGAGGAUGAGGCCAAUCCUGAUCAUCGACAUGGCAACCCUAAUAAACGAAAUUGAUGAGAAAGAUUUUCUGCCUUACACCUUAAUGAUCAUCGAAAACGUAAUCCAGAACCACUUGGUUCCAGGCAAGAUAGAAAAUUGGAUUGUCAUCGUAGACUGAAAUGAUAUUGGUUUGACCCAGAUUCCUGUGUCCAAGCUCCAAAUAAUCUUGGGUGUCUUUCAGCAAAACUACCCAGGAAGGCUAUACAAAUUGUUUGCAAUAAAUGUCGGAUUCUUGUUGCGGACAAUUUGGACUGUAAUCUCUGGUUUCAUCGACUCUUUCACUGAGAACAAGAUCAAGAUUUAUAGUGAUGAUUACAUCAAGGAUCUCUUUGAGUUAGUAGAUAUAGAAAACCUGGAGAAGAAGUUCUGGGGUGUGCUGGAGAACAAGACUGAGAAAUUCUUUCCUCCUGAGUUAGACUAA